AUGUCAAAGGCUGCUAAAGAGGACGGGGUCUUCGUCUUCAAAGAGGACCCUAAUGUGUUCAGUCCUCCAGGUUACUUUGGAUAUGCGCCUAUCAAGCUAGGCCAACGAUUUACAAACCUCGACCGAAUAUCUCCUCCAACGUUUGCCCUCACCAAUACAACAGAAAGCUACGAAGUUGUCAGGAAAUUGGGCUGGGGACAAGAGGCUAAUGUUUGGCUUGCCCGUCGUUACACCAAGGACAAUCCGAAGGAUUCAAAACCACUCUAUGUUGCCAUCCGUAUCCUGUCUGCUGUGUGCAGUGCUUACGUCGUCCAAGGCCCUUCAUACGAACUGUACGCUCUGGGAUGGCUGCAAGAUACUGACGAGCCUGCCAUUUCGCACCCAGGACGAUCAUACUGCAGCCUUGCCAAGGAUCACUUCCUAUAUAUCAGCGUUCACGGAUGCCAUCUAGCCUUUGUCUUCGAACCCCAUUCCCUCAAUCUCCAGGAUUAUAUCCUCCGCGAGAAAACGCAAAACCCUGGACUCCAAUACCUCUUCUCUCUCGACGGAAUCAAGAACAUCAUCCGUCAAACUUUGCUGGCACUGAGCUACGUCCAUGCUCGUCAACUCAUACACACAGACCUUGCCACAGACGUCAAGUGGUCGAAUAUAUUCCUCGACCAGGGUAACCAAGACGACGCUAUCAUAAAGUAUCUAAUCCAAAACCCUUCGAAAGCAUAUCCCGUGAGGUUCGCUCCUGGUCUCACCACUGAGCCCGUUAUGGAGGUCAUGUCACAACCCCUACCACUAUUCGAGAACCCUUCUCGCAACUCUUUGACUCUGAAACUAGGGGACUUCGGUCUAGCUGCCCCGGCCCUAGAGGCGAAGAGGCGAGGGCCGUUCCCUGGGACACCGACAGACCUCCGGGCCCCCGAGCUUGUACUCCGCUCUUCAUGGGGCGCACCCGUUGACAUAUGGGCUUUAGGCUGCAUGUUUUUCGACCUGAUCUUUUCCAACAGACCACCGUUCGACCUCCGAGGCCCACCGGGGGACCUCGAUGCCAUCCAUCUUGCACGCAUGGAAGAGCUGCUCGGUCCCUUCCCUCCCUCGAUGCGCACUCUAUGCCGUGAAGACACCAGGGACAAGUAUUUUGACGAUGACGGUUCCUUGAAGUUCAAGAUCGAAUGUUCCAUGGCAGCGUCGGGUAACCUCGAACAGCAACUAUCUCCUCUGCGUCAAACGUUCUCAGACCAUGACGUGGACGAACUCAUCCGCUUCAUGAGGCGCUGCUUGACAAUUGAUCCUGCGUCAAGGCCCACGGCCGAUGAGCUUCUUCAAGACCCAUGGCUGAGUGCUAAUAGUCAGGACCACUCUUCAGAGUCAUGA